CCGCCCCCGACGUCCCUCUCCGUCCGCCUCGAGCACGAUGUCAGCCGAAGACACCCACCACAACGUCCCCAAGCACCCCAUCGCGCCCCGUGUCAAGAACGGCCACAAGGUCCCCCACAUAAACGAUCACGACACAUACAAGAAGUUCCACUCCGAGUCCCUCGGUCACGAGAGCGACAAGUGGUGGGCGAAGAUCGCCAGAGAGACCCUCCACUGGGACCGCCCCUUUCACACCGUCCGCUCCGGAAGCUUCGAGAACGGCGACAUCGUCUGGUUCCCCGAGGGCGGUCUGAACGCGUCCUACAACUGCGUCGACCGAUGGGCUUUCAAGCACCCGGACAAGACCGCAAUCAUCUACGAGGCGGACGAGCCCAAUGAGGGCCGCGAGAUUACCUACGCGGAGCUCCUCCGCGAGGUCAGCUCCGUCGCCAACGUGCUCAAGUCCUGGGGCGUCAAGAAGGGCGACACCGUGUCCGUCUACCUGCCCAUGACAUGGCACGCCGUCGCGACCUUCCUCGCAUGCGCGCGCAUCGGUGCGGUGCACUCGGUCGUGUUCGCGGGCUUCUCUGCGGAGUCGCUCCGCGACCGUGUGCAGGACUGCAAGUCGCGCGUGCUCAUCACGUCCGACGAGGGCCGUCGAGGAGGCAAGACGAUCGCGACGAAGGCGAUCGCGGAUGCGGCCAUCAAGGAGUGCCCGCUCGUGGAGCACGUCCUCGUCCUCAAGCGCACUGGCAGCGAAGUGGCCUGGACGCCUGGCCGCGACAAGUGGUGGCACGAGGAGAUCGCGAAGGUUCCCCGCUUCUGUCCCCCCGAAGUGAUGUCGGCUGAGGACCCGUUGUUCAUUCUCUACACUUCCGGCUCGACCGGUAAGCCCAAGGGUGUCGUGCACACGACAGGUGGCUACCUCCUGGGCGCCGCCCUGACCGUGAAGUACGUCUUCGACGUGCACCCAGACGACCGCUUCGCGUGCAUGGCCGACAUCGGCUGGAUCACCGGCCACACCUACAUCGUCUACGGGCCGCUCGCGAACGGCGUCACGACGACCGUGUUCGAGUCGACGCCGGUGUACCCGACGCCGGCGCGCUACUGGCAGACGGUGGACAAGCACAAGCUCACGCACUUCUACUCUGCGCCGACCGCGAUCCGCCUCCUGCGCCGCCUCGGGGAGCACCACGUGCAGGAGCACGACCUGGGGUCGCUGCGCGUGCUGGGCUCGGUGGGCGAGCCGAUCAACCCGGAGGCGUGGCACUGGUACAACGACCACGUCGGGCGGCGGCAGUGCGCGAUCGUCGACACCUUCUGGCAGACGGAGACGGGCUCGAUCGUCGUGACGCCCUUCCCGGGCGCGAUCGAGACCAAGCCCGGCUCGGCGACGGUGCCCUUCUUCGGCAUCGAGCCCGCCAUCCUCGACCCGCAGACGGGCAAGGAGCUCGAGGGCAACAGCGUCGAGGGCGUGCUCGUCCUCAAGACGCCGUGGCCGUCCAUCGCGCGCACCGUGUACCAGGACCACAAUCGGUAUCUGGAGACGUACAUGAAGCCGUAUCCUGGCUACUUCUACACGGGCGACGGCGCGGCGCGCGACGAGCAUGGGUACAUCUGGAUCAAGGGUCGCGUCGACGAUGUCAUCAACGUCUCCGGACACCGUCUGUCCACGGCGGAGAUCGAGUCUGCGCUCAUCACGCACGCUGGCAUCGCCGAGACCGCAGUCGUGGGCACCGCCGACGAGCUGACCGGACAGGCCGUGUACGCGUUCGCGACGCUCAAGCCCGAGUUCAAGUUCGACGGCACGGACGAGAGCGGGCUCCUCAAGGAGCUCACCCUCCAGGUCCGCAAGGUCAUCGGCCCCUUCGCCGCGCCCAAGAAGAUCUUCAUCGUCUCGGACCUGCCCAAGACGCGGUCCGGAAAGAUCAUGCGCCGCGUGCUCCGCAAGAUCGUCGCGGGCGAGGGCGACCAGCUCGGCGACCUCAGCACGCUCGCGGAGCCCGCUGUCGUGGACAGCAUCAAGGAGAAGGUCGCGGCGGCCUCGUAGGAGGGCGUCCGUGUUUCGUGUUGCCCUCGUCUAGUGUAUUGUGCUUUCGUCCCUUUUGCUCACGUCAUGUUUAUGGUAUUUACUCCCCGGAGUUGUCCGAUCUUCGGUCUACUAUGCGUCGCUGAUGUACGGAGAGGCUGGCAAGGAGAGCGAGACCUGGGGGACUAUGCUUGGAUCGGGCGUUCGAAGAUAGUGGAAGAUACUGUACGAUAAUACGCUGAAUAUAUGGAGGUGCCAGAUAAACAUGAUAUUGACUUCUGUCGCCCGCAACCACGCGACGCGGGAGUGAUCAUCUCUACGCUCAUGGAAGGCUGAUUGAUCAUCUACUGGGACCUCGCGCCAACCAUCGCCCAGUUCUGGAUCGGCACGGGUCUCGAAGCUUGUUGGCCGCUGUCGUUGCGGUACGCCACCAUGUUCCACUUCUCAUUCCUCAUCCUGUCGACCCGCCUCUUGCUCAGCCUGAAUCGGAUGCUCUCGUCGUACUGGACAUGCUCCUGCGCAGUGAGCACAAAGAAUGUGCCGGGCGCCGGCGAAGGAUCGCCCUCGAAUAUCUUCUCGAUCUCGUCGAUGGCCUUCCUGUACGAAACCAGGUCUGGCCUGUAGAACAGCAGGUGCGUCCGGGGCUCGUCCGGGGUACUGUACUGCAUGCACGGGUGGUGCCAGAAGUCCGCAGGAGGCUGGACGCGCACCUCCCACACCACGAUGUCUUGGCUGGCGCGCGAGAAAUCAGCAGGAAGGGCCCCGGCGACGGGGAAGGGGAUGGCGUAGUACGCUGUCGCGAUGAUGCUCUCGAACUCGACGAGCCACGGGUCGGUGCGGACCUGCCGAGCCUUGGUGCGACGAUGGCGGUCGGUGACGGGGAUCGGGUACUUCUUCCGGUAGGGGACGACGUCAGACACCAUGCGCCCGUUGAGAACGCGGGCGAGGAAGUCCGAGAGCCAGUGGCCCGGGUAUCCGACACGGUGCAGGUACAUCAGAAGGCCGAAGAAGGCGACCAGGUUAUGGGGCAGGCGUAUUUGGGUCGGGCGUGUGCCGGAGAAGCCAGAAAGGAACGUGUUGAAUAGGGUACGAGUGAGCCAGGUAGUGAGCUCAUCGCGCGUCGCAAGCUCUGAGAGUGGACGUGGGAGAGGCUGCGAACCGAGGACGAGCACGCCCAUGACGGGCUGGCAUACUCUGAUCGGACAGCCUAAGUAGCGUGGAACUUCAUCGGGGAGAAGCAAGGUGUAAGUGUGGACGAAUUCUGCAUCGUUGGUCCACGCGCCGGUGUUGAGAAGGCAGUUGGAAGCAACCGCCGCUUGAGGAUGCUCUUGCAGAUUAGGCACGACAUACAAAAUCAUGUUCAUUGGCCCAUGAGUGUAAUCCGGGACAUUGCUCAGCCACAUCCUUGUGUACUUCCGUGGGAAAUCCUUGGGCCGAGUCAGAUCACCCUUGAAGUGUAUCUUCGCCAGCUCCUCUGACAGACCGCCGCAGAUAAGUUCAAGCGUAAUACAAGAUUCCAAGCCCUUGAGUGCUGCGGCGGCCUCCCCGAAGAACGCGUCGCAGACCUGCCAGGCAAGUAGCUUUUUGCCGUCCUUGCCGACGCCGACAGACUUUUUGUAUUCGCGUUCAUUACGGCGGUUGAAAGUGUCCAUUGCAGAGACGAUCUCAAAGACGUUGAGUUUCAGAUUCGGAAACCCGUCCCCGUCUGGGUAGUAUCGUGGGUGGGCGUAGUUGAAGUCAAAUAGGGAAAUGUUCGCCUUCCAUUCGGCCUCGACAUGCUUCAUGAUCUUGCGCUCCAGCGCUGGAGGGAUUGGUUCCAGUUUACGAUCCUUGGAGAACGACUCGUCGAAGCCGGGGUGCCUAUUGCACAGUGCCGGCGGCGGGAGGAAAACCUUCAUGAUUCUGUACCAACUCUCCUCGUACAUCGGGAUCCUCCCUCCCCCGAACGAUUUCAUGAAAUCAUCAGCCAACUCGUCAGCAAAUUCCCGAACAAACGCCCGUUUAGCGCUCAGCGACCCUUGUUCGGGUGCCCCAGGCAGGGGCAGCUUCAGAAGCUGUUCCUCGGGCAUAUUGAGGAGCACCUGCUUGAACAUCUCCCGCUCGGCGCUCAUGUUCUGGUUGAUCACCUUCUGGAAGUCAGGAUUCGCGCCGGGGAUCGACGACACGUCGAACAUGCUCGGGUCUUCUGAGGGGUUCAGACACUCGUGUGCGGCGAGCAUCUUGCGCGUGGACUUGGUCGUCUUCGCCCAGAAGUCGAGGAUCGCGACCACCGCCGGGAUGGUGUCAGACACAACGUGCAACCACGCGAGCUGACCCGGCGGGUGCUCGGUGAGCCGCGUGCGCAGGGUGUCGAUGACUGCCAUCAGCCUGUCGUAGCAGUACGAGGGCAUGACUGCACCGCAGAACAUGUACAUCAACGUCGCGUUGAUCUCUGCCCUAUCGAUGGGAUCCGUAGCGCGAUUGAGUUGGUCGAGGAGCAUCAGCAAACAGAGGUUCCGCGCCAUAGUGCCAUCGUGAAUGUCGAGCAGCGUCAGAUGCGCCCUGCAAUUGGCGCGCUUGGCUUCUGGCAGCUUCUUGUAGGCCUCGUACAGCCCGGACAGGGUUCCAAGGACAUGCCGACCAUCUCCGACACCCCCGAAGAGAAAUGCGACCUCCGAGAGCUGAUCUGCGGGUAGUCUGUCUAGAUACAAAGGAUAGGCAUCCUGUGGGCCCCAUCCAUGUACGAGGUCUAUGACCUGGUCAUGGCCCAUGGAGAAGAACUCUUUCGCGUGAUCUAGAGGCUUACAGAACAGAGGCAAGCGAGACAAUUUGUCGAGGCACGUGUCCGCUUUCUGCGCAUAGUCAUCGAUCUCGAGCUUCACCGUCUCCCAGUCUUCCCAAACGUGUGCAUGCUCUCCACCAGUAGCAGCACUGGUAGGGCACUCCGCAGCGGCUUCUUGCAGGAGCAUGAUGUCCUCUUUGUGCUUUGUGAGGACGUCUUGCGUGAUGGUACCAGCGCGAACUCCAUGGCAGAGCGACCUGGCGAGGCGCAUCGAGAGCCUCCUUAUCAAGUCUGGCUUUGCGUCAUCCUUGUCUUUCAGGAGGUCCCAAGAGCGCAGCACCGCAUCGACGCAUCCCGCAUAGUCACCUGUCUCGUAGAGGGCUGCACUGAGGUUCGACGGAUAGACGGGAUCACGAGGGUCAGCCCUCUCAGCCUUAGAGUACAAUUCUACUGCCUUGACGAAGUUGCCUGCCUUGAACAGCUCGUUCCCUUGCUGCUUGAGGCCCGCAGCGUCUCCCAUAGUAA